GCUUUAUCUCCACUCCCACUCCCACCUCCGCCGCCACCAGCCGGCGACCAUGGCGGAGGAGGCCGCGGCGCCUCUCCUCCACGGGCUCCCAGAUGAGAUCGUGGUAUGGGAGAUCCUCAUCCGCCUCGACCCCAAAUCCCUCCUCCGCUGCCGCGCAGUCCGCCGCGCCUGGCGCUGCGCCACCUCCGCCCGCCGCUUCCUCCUCGCCCACCACGCCCGCCAGCCAACCCUCCCCAUCGUCUUCGGCGACAGAUACCGUAACAUCCUUGCCUUGGAUCACCGGGCCUCCGCUGACGCCCAACUCCACACCAUCGCCCGGCUUGACGAGGACUUCAUGCUGGAGGCCUCCUGCGAUGGCCUCCUCCUCCUCUCCAAGUUUGACCACAUUGUUGGCUUUCGCACCUACCUCUCCGUCUGCAACCCGGCCACGAGUCAGCAUGCCUCCCUGAGGCCACUGUCAGGUUUUGACAUCUUGGGGAUGUACCCACACAGCCCUACCGGUGAGUACCGUCUGUUGCUGCAACGGAUGAACUACAUGGACUCGUCUGAAUAUCAAAUUGGCUUCUAUGUCUUUGGGUUGGGCUCCAACGAGGCACCGAGGUACAUCGGGUGCUCAGAGACCAAAUUAGCGUUGGCGUUCUUCAAUGUACCUGUCCGGCUGCGUGAUAGCUUGCAUUGGUACCCACUGGAGUACCGGACUGAAAGCGACCAUUUGGAGUAUGAAGAAGAAAGCAAACUGGUGGUAACAGUAUUCGACACCAUAGCUGAGUCGUUUCGGCAGAUGCGUGCUCCACUUGUUUCCACCAAUUCAUCUAUCUUUAAGGUGGAUGACAUGCUUGGCAUCUGUAACUGUAACCAGGCCUUGGAAAUUGUUGAUAUAUGGGUGCUGCAGGACUACCAAAGUGAGGUUUGGGACUUAAAGUACCGGAUUGAAUUGCGGCUCGACGAACUCACAAAACUCAGGGGGGAGCUUGAAGGCCUUGAUGGUGAUGGCAAUUGGAGUCUGACCGCUGCUUCGGGUGAUGGUGACGUGCUCUUGCUGGUCAGUUUCAGUCACUGGAGUUUUGGUCACUGGCUGUUUUACGUUGACACUGAUGGCGAACUGGUUGCUAGCUUCCAAGACUUAUAUGCCUGUAAACAUCGGUUCAAACAAACUCUUGUUCCACAUGAUUUGUUCACGACACUAGAAGGUCAUGCUGUGGGCGCCUCACCACUCAUUUGACGGGUGCUUCUUAACGGCAUAGUUUUCGUAUCCUCAUAAGCUGCAAUGUCUGUGAGUUGGAUCAAGUAUGAGCAUGCUGAUUUUUUCUCUUGUGUUGAUGUAUAAAAGGUUAUGAUCAGUAGUGACUCUUAUGUGGUUACAUAAAAUCUAUGCUUGUUUCGAUAUCCUUUCGGGAUGCAAGAAGUGACUGCUGCUUGCGUUGAUGCUAAAAUUACCAAGCCAUUUUGAUC